AUGGCGGACUCCGUCGUAUCCCUCGACAAGCUCAAGGCCUUCUGGCAUUCCCAGGUUCACGAUGACGCCAACUGGGCCUCCAACAUCUCUUUGCUGCGCGCAGUGGGGUUGUUUGCAGGCUCAAUCAUUCUUAUGCGGCAAUGUGGUGAUCUCAUGGCAGUAUGAGGUUGGAUGAAUGCUGGUCAUCAACUUGGGGAGCGUAAGAGCUCAUUCAUUUCUUGUUUCGAAUUGUCUUUAAACGUAGUUGCAACUGGCAUAUGACUAUAUGCCCUAUGUAGUGGAUCAAAUUAUGCUUGUUCAGAUAGAUCUACACAUCCGCAUUUGCUGACUUGGUUAUGGAUUGGCCUGUA